GAGUUUAAAACAGUCUGGAACCAUACAAUGUUUCAAGCCUUCAAUUUACAUUGAUCAAAAAUUACUUUUGGACACCUCAGCAAACAACAAAGCUGCUAAUAUGGCCCAAGGAAUUGUAGCAUUUCUAGCUUUAUGCUUUUGUGUGGAUAUUUCAACUCAACAUGGAGCAUACCCACCUGGUGUGCCUCCUCCUAAUAACGCACAUGUCCAUGCACCCCCAGCACACCAGGGUGGACAACAACAGUAUCAGGGACAACAGCAGUUCCAGGGACAACAGCAACAACAAUUCCAGGGACAUCAACAACAGCAAUUCCAAGGACAACAGAAUCAACAAUUCCAAGGACAACAACAACAGUUCCAACAGCAUCAACAAGGACAACAGCAGAACCUACAGUACCAGCAGGGACAACACCCAGGUCAGCAGGGUCAAGGACAGUUUAAUCAAGGCAACACACAACAGUUCCAGCAGCCAGGUGGUCAUCAAGCAGCACAUGGAGGGUUUGGACAUGAAAGUGCUCACGAUGCAGGCCAUAUCAAGGAGCACUUGAAGGAAGUUGUAGAUAAACCAAAGGAAGAAAUGUCAGAGGACGAGUUAGAAUUCCAUUACUUUAAAUUACAUGAUUAUGAUAAAAACAACAAACUAGAUGGUAUUGAAAUAGUCAAAGCUAUCACCCAUUUUCAUGUUAUUCCAACAAGAGCUGAUGAAGGCGAAGGUGAACAGCAGCAUCAUGACAGAAAAGUUUUCUCAGAUGAAGAACUCAGUAACAUUGUUGACCUAGUCUUACAGGAAGAUGACCUAAAUAAAGACGGUUACAUUGAAUAUGUGGAAUUUGUCACAGCACAGAGGAAAGCUCGGGAACAGGCAAAGACUGAUCAAGGCAAUGAACAACAACAACAACAACAACACUAGAGAUGUACUAUAAUUUAAAAAAUGAAGUCUCGCAAGUAAAAUUGAUCUAGUCGACUGUUUGAGGGGGAGGGAAAAUUUUGCCUAAAAUUCCUUCUUAAGCAGAUAAUAGAGUAAUAUAUAUUACAUAGUUUAUGUCUUAAAUUUUUUUAGAACAUUAUAUUCAUUAGAUACUGGUAUCUUAAUGUUUUCAAAAAAAGCUAAAUAUGUGUAUGUAAAGGGGACGGGGGGAUCCCAAUUUUCUUUACUGGCACAUUGUAUGACAAAAUAUCCCUCACAUGUUGUUUUACUGUGAAGUUAUAUUCUCUUUUUAGUAUGCAUGGAAAUGUAUAAAAACUUCUUGGUAUUUUUGAGGCUAUGUAGAUCUGUUAAUAGUAGAUUUUCUUGAAAUUAAUAGUAAAAA